UAAGUCCUUCAACUUUCACUUAUUCCCCCUUAACGGACUUACAGUUUUCCAUUUUACGCAUUGUACGCGUUAAAGAUUUCGGUCCGUAUCCGUCUCUCUUUCUUCUGUUUUUUCGUUUUUUUGGGUCCCUUCAAGUUGCGUAUUAAUUCAGAAACUCAGAAUGUAGCAUUUUCCCAUACAAUAAUCUCUGAAGUUCGGCCCCCGCUUCUCGAGACCGAUCCUCCUAUCAAGAAUGCCGGCGAAAUGUUGAGGAGCUAGGCUUCUACGUCGCUGAAAAGGAUCAAAUUUCGGUCCCCAAACCUUGUUUCAUUGCGACAUUGCCAGAUUUGGAGGAACAAGGUUUGGUUUUUCUUCGCUUCUUUCUUUGGGGGGGGGAUUAGGGCUUUAUUGAUCUCAGUUGAUAGGGUUGUAAAGGUGCGAAUUUGAAGGCUUGGGUGAAUCUAGAUUUUGCCUUUUCUUUCGACGGUUCUUUUGCAUGCUUAAAGAAAUUAGUGGAUUUCGAGUUAGAUGAAGUUUAUUUCGUGGUUUUGCUUGUUGAGUAUCGUAAGAUGAAAAGGGUAAAAAGUGAAAUUCCCACUGUCAGGAGGUUCAAGUUGUCUCAUUUGUUGUUUGGUUUAGGAGGUUUAUACUUAAUUUUCAUAGCUUUUAGGCUUCCAUAUUUCUUGGAGAUAACAGCAGUUUUGAGUGGAGAUGAUAACUAUGAUGGAUUGAAUGGGAAGGUUGUCGGGGAUUUUAAUGAUGCAGAUUUGGGUAAACCCUUGGUUAUUGCUGUGUAUAAAGAUACGUUUCACCGGAAAUUGGAGAAUAAGCUAAUCCAGGAUGCUCCUACGAGGCCUACUGAGGAACCCUUGGAGGAAGGAAGAGGUGGAGUAAAGCCCAUUAAGCCGCUUCAGCAUCCAUACGGUCGAAUAACGGGUGAGAUUUUGCGGCGAAUGAAUAAAACUAGUGAAUUGUCGGUGCUUGAGAGAAUGGCGGAAGAGGCUUGGACUUUGGGAUUGAAAGCAUGGGAAGAAGUGGAUACCUUUGAUGGAAAGGAGAUUGAACAGAAUUCUUUGUUUGAUGGGAAGCCAGAGUUGUGUCCUUCAUGGUUAUCUGUAAACGGAGAAGAUUUGGCGAGUGGAGACAGGCUAAUGUUCCUUCCAUGCGGUCUCAAAGCGGGAUCUUCAAUUACAAUUGUUGGUACUCCUCGUUAUGCUCAUCAAGAGUACGUACCUCAGCUUGUAAAGUUGAGGAAUGGCAAUGGCAUAGUGAUGGUCUCACAGUUCAUGGUUGAAUUGCAAGGGUUGCAGUCUGUGGAUGGGGAAGCUCCACCUAAGAUUUUACAUUUGAAUCCUAGACUGAAAGGAGAUUGGAGUCACAAGCCAGUCAUUGAGCACAACACUUGCUACAGAAUGCAAUGGGGUACGGCUCAAAGAUGUGAUGGUUUGCCAUCCAAGGAUGAUGAAGACAUGCUUGUUGAUGGACAGCGAAGAUGUGAAAAAUGGAUCCGGAAUGAUGUUGCAGACUCAAAAGAGUCCAAGACAACUUCUUGGUUCAGACGGUUCAUUGGACGGGAACAGAAACCUGAAGUUACCUGGCCAUUUCCUUUUGUGGAGGGCAGACUGUUUAUCCUGACUCUUCGUGCUGGCGUUGAUGGAUAUCAUAUCAAUGUUGGGGGUCAACAUGUGACUUCAUUCACGUACCGUACGGGUUUUUCACUUGAAGAUGCAACAGGGCUGGCCAUAAAAGGAGACGUGGAUGUUCAUUCAGUUUAUGCAACCUCUCUUCCCACCUCUCAUCCAAGUUUCUCCCCCCAAAGAGUUUUGGAAAUGUCACCAAAAUGGAAAGCUUCUCCCUUGCCUAAUAGAUCUAUUAAACUUUUUAUUGGGAUUCUCUCUGCUACCAAUCACUUUGCGGAACGCAUGGCGGUUAGAAAAACUUGGAUGCAAUCUUCGGACAUCAAGUCUUUAAAUGUAGUAGUCCGAUUCUUUGUUGCGCUGAAUCCAAGGAAGGAGGUGAAUGCGGUGCUGAAGAAGGAAGCAGCCUAUUUUGGUGAUAUUGUAAUUUUGCCAUUCAUGGACCGCUAUGAACUUGUGGUUCUUAAAACUAUAGCAAUUUGUGAAUAUGGGGUGCAAAAUGUUUCAGCUGCUUACAUCAUGAAAUGUGACGAUGACACAUUUGUUAGAGUCGAUACUGUCUUGAAACAGAUUGAUGGCAUCUCUCCUGGAAAGUCACUUUAUAUGGGAAAUCUCAACCUUCUGCACCGUCCUUUGAGAAAUGGAAAGUGGGUUGUUACUUAUGAGGAGUGGCCGGAAGAAGUUUAUCCUCCCUAUGCCAAUGGACCCGGAUAUGUUAUUUCCAGUGAUAUUGCCAAGUUUGUUGUCUCACAACAUGUCAAUCGAAAAUUAAGGCUUUUCAAGAUGGAGGAUGUGAGUAUGGGAAUGUGGGUCGAACAAUUUAACCAGACCACAGCCGUCCAGUAUUCCCACAGCUGGAAGUUCUGUCAAUAUGGAUGCUUAGUAGACUACUAUACCUCACAUUACCAAUCCCCUAGGCAGAUGAUUUGUCUUUGGGACAAUCUUUCAAGAGGUAAGGCACACUGCUGCAACUUCAGAUGACAACGGGCAAUUCUUGUUGUGCGUGGCCUUCCCCCACCCUGUAUUUUCACCGCUUUCUACCCAUUUUUGUGCAAUUCGGUGUUGAGUAACGAACCUUCUAGUGCAAGAUACGGAAUGUUCUGCGAUAACUUCUGAUAAGUAGGUUAUUAGCCGGAAUUGUAUACGUAUCAUGAAUGUCUUUCGAAUACUUGGUAGCAAAGCCAUUUGCCUUCAAGUUCU